AUGGUGCGCCUGAUCUCGCCGGCACUCGCCACCUUUGCAGCCACCCUCUGUGUCGCAGAGGGGCUCAGGGCGGAGCACCAUCCGGUGUGGUGGCACGAGCACCCCGCGAGCUCGGCCGAGAAGAUUCAGGAGCUGCUGACGACCAGCUUAGCGGCCGCAGCCACAGCGGAGGGGAGCCAGGAAGACCCCGGCGAUGCGGAGGCGCAAAAGCAGACGCUUAGAGAGCGCAUUGCCCGCAUCAGGGAGGGCCGGCAUGGCGCCGGCGCAACCGCUUGCCAUCAGCAGCUGGCGCGGUUGAUGAAAAAUCUCACCCUUGCUUGUGAAAACUUGCAGCCGAAAGCCGACAGUAUUCUCGCCUACCUUCCGGACUCCUAUGCCGUCCCUAACAAGACCUGUGCGGAGAGCGUCAGCGACAUCUUCGCGUUGGGGAGCGAACUGGUGGAUACGCUUCGCGUCUCUAGAGAUGCUGUAGCCUCCCUCGAUGUGGACGACAAGACGCUCCGUCGAUAUCAAGCACUCUCCUUUUUGAGGAGCUGGCUGGUGAAGCUCACCGAGACUCAGCAUCAUGCGCUGCUUUGGGCCGGCUUCUGGGACGGGGACCAGGAGAACCGCACGACGCAGGCAGCACUCUCCAACUUUGCCAAGGCCAUAGAGCACUCGACGGUGCAUCCCGAUAGCUUCCUGGGCCAAGCCAUUGAGGCGAGCGAGAACCUCGACGCCUGCUACCAGGACCCCCAGACCAGUGCCCUUGCAGGGAACAUGUGGUCCAUCGCCAGCAUGAGCUUCGUGCUCGGGAUGGCCGAAAGGGCACAGGGAACCGUGAUCGCACUGGUCAACAAGCAGAUCACGGGCGAGCAUAGCUUGUCGCAGUCCGUUCUGUCCACCCAUGAAAUCCCAACGGUGGGGCUCGCAGCCUGGGGCCUCGGUUUCUGGUCUCCGAAAGUGAUGGUUGUGGACCUCAUGGGCACAUGCGACAAGACGAGCCCAGCGCUGCAGAAACGACUCCUCGCCCGCCUGCCCUCUUGGGCCAAGUCCAUGCCGAGCUGGAGCGCGGAAACCUUCGCGAUGAGGUCGCGGCUGCGGUGGCAGUGCAUCGAUUGCUCUGGGCCAUGCAACCUGAACAAGGCCUUGGCAGAGCACGUGGAGAAGCUCGUGAAGGCCAAAGUGGAGCAGGACCGGAAGGACCGGGAGCUCCGGGAGGUGGUCGGCUGUCACCUCGUGGACGGCACUGAGAGCCGUCUCAAAACAGAGAUUUGGUUGCUUGAACACCUGAAGCAUUCGCUGUGGAAGCACCAGCGUUUCGACAAGAUUAGGGAUGUGGAGAGAGUGGAGAGAAAUUUGGCGGUGCAAGGAGUGCAGAGAAAUUCGGUGGAGGACCUGCCAGACCAAGUCUCGGAGGUGGAGCUGUUGAAGUAUCAGCUCGACAGCCCGCAGAGGCAGGUGCAGGUGGAGCAACUUCUCCGCCAGAACGCCGAUCCGAACGCUCCGAACCGGGUCGGCAGCGCAGCUCUUUCAUGCGCUGCAGAGCUAGGACGCCCGGAGCUGAUGGGGCCCUUGCUGGAUGCCGGAGCCCAGCUGGAGGCCCGCAACCGGUUCGGCAACACGGCCCUCAUGUGUGCCGCGGCAGAAGGCCACCUGGAAGUGGUCGAGGUCUUGGUGAAGGCGGGAGCCCAGCUAGAGGCUCGCGAUGAGUAUGGCAAGAGAGCCCUCGUGAUGGCUGCAACUUUUGGCCGCCUCAAAGUGGUCGAAGCCUUGGUAGAGGCCGGAGCCCAGCCGGAGGCCCGCGAUGAGUUUGGCGAUACAGCCCUUCAAAGUGCCGCAAUGAACGGCCGCGUGAAAGUGGUCGAAGCCUUGCUGAAGGCCGGGGCCCAGCUGGAGGCCCAUGGUGAGCAAGGCGACACGGCCCUCAUUUUCGCUGCAAGUUUUGGCCACCUCGAAGUGGCCGCAGCCUUGCUAAAGGCUGGUGCCCAGCUGGAGGCGCGCAGUGAGAAUGGCGCGACAGCUCUCAGCUUUGCUGCAUACGGCGGCUAUCAGGAAGUGGUCGAGGUCUUGGUGGAGGCCGGAGCCCAGCUAGAGGCCCGCGAUGAGGAUGGUGCCACGCCCCUGAUCCUUGCUGCAGGGGCGGGCCACCUGAAGGCGGUUCAGGCCUUGGUGGAGGCCGGAGCCCAGCUGGAGGCUCGCGAUAAUCAUGGCGAAACAGCCCUCAUGGUCGCUUCAAUCAGUGGCCACUUGAAGGUGGUCGAGGUCUUGGUGGAGGCCCGCGAUGAGGAUGGCGCCACGCCCCUGAUCCUUGCUGCAGGAGCGGGCCACCUGAAGGCGGUUCAGGCCUUGGUGGAGGCCGGAGCCCAGCUGGAGGCGCGCAGUGAGAAUGGCGCGACAGCUCUCAGCUUUGCUGCAUACGCGGGCUAUCAGGAAGUGGUCGAGGUCUUGGUGGAGGCCGGAGCCCAGCUAGAGGCCCGCGAUGAGGAUGGUGCCACGCCCCUGAUCCUUGCUGCAGGGGCGGGCCACCUGAAGGCGGUUCAGGCCUUGGUGGAGGUCGGAGCCCAGCUGGAGGCUCGCGAUAAUCAUGGCGAAACAGCCCUCAUGGUCGCUUCAAUCAGUGGCCACUUGAAGGCGGUUCAGGCCUUGGUGGAGGCUGGAGCCCAGCUGGAAACUCGCGAUAAUCAUGGCGACACAGCCCUCAUGGUCGCUUCAAUCAGUGGCCACUUGAAGGUGGUCGAGGUCUUGGUGAAAGCUAGAGCCCAGCUGGAGGCCCGCGAUGAGGAUGGCGACACAGCCCUCAUGGUUGCUUCAAUCAGUGGCCACUUGAAAGUGGUCGAGGUUUUGGUGAAGGCUGGAGCCCAGCUGGAGGCCCGCGAUGAGGAUGGCGCCACGCCCCUGAUCCUUGCUGCAGGAGCGGGCCAUUUGAAGGUGGUUCAGGCCUUGGUGGAGGCCGGAGCCCAGCUGGAGGCUCGCGAUAAUCAUGGCGAAACAGCCCUCAUGGUCGCUUCAAUCAGUGGCCAUUGGAAGGUGGUCGAGAUCUUGGUGAAGGUAACCACCGUGGCGGAGGGUCGCUAUGCGCGAAACAGCAGCAGCACGUGGAUGGAUGCCUGCCAGGACAGUGGUGGGCAACGUUUGCCGUGCCUGAGGGCUCGUGACCUGAGUGUUCGGCGGAACCGUCGGGACUUCCCUGAGAAGAAGCAGUUGUCCGCAUCCAGGAAGCUUUCACAAGCAUACCUGAAUGGGAGCAACUGCGUAGCAACAAGCAGUCGGCAAGCCGCAUGCCCGGAGUUUGCAAUGGGCGCCUGCUGCAGCCCAGCAGCCAGCGAGGCUGUCCCCUCUGGGCCCAGUUCGGAGUGUCCUGUGAAUGCUCUGAAUGUUCUUCUUUCGUGCUUAGAGAGGCUUGGAGGUUUCCGCGAGCGCAUGAGGAAGCAGGUCUUGAAGCAGGAAGAUGCCGAAAGAUGGCAAAGGAAGUUGGACAACCUCCAGCUACGUGAGAACGCCGAGAGCGAAGAGCUGAAGGCAGCGGCCUGGUCAGAGGAGCAAGCGGCCUCGGAAAGGCAAGGGCUCGAAGAGGCCCUGGCAGCUGCCGAGGACCGGCACUUGGCUCAACAGCGCUGGAGCCAAUUCCGGGGUUGGCUCCAGGCCAAAGAGUCUGAGGUCAACGAAUUCGCCAACAGGCUACGACCGCGGCGCCCGAUUUUGCUGGUGGAGGCUUUGGCGCGUGAGGGAGAGUCGUGGGCAAUGCUCGGGGAGCAAUGGCUGCCCUUGAUGGAGGCCCGGCCACAGGCGUCCUGGACGUUGCCCCUCCAGCGCUGCGCGCUGGCGCGGCUCCGGGGAGUUUCCCCGGGCGCACCAAGCGCACAGCCCCGCCCAAGCGGGAUGAGCUCCGAUGUCUGGCAUCUGGAGCUGACCGGCUCGCGGCUGCAAAAACGAGACCCCCGCGAUGGCCCCGAGGAGCACGAGGAUUUCAUGUUCCAGCUGUCCCGGCUAACUCGGCUAACUGCCGCCAAAGUUGCCGCAGUUGCCAAAGCCCAAGAGUCCCAAGAUACCCCGCAGGCCGUCAUGAUUCAGGUCUGGGCUUGGGGUGGCAUCUCAGGGGAAGAAGGGGAGGAAGGGGAGGACGGCGAAGAAGUCCCCGGCUGGAGCAUGGCUUUCCAAAGCGUGGCCGAGAGAGGUCAAGGCCCGAGCUUCACGGAGUUCCAGCCCCCGGUCUUCCGAUUUCGGUUGCGCCUCAAGGCCCUGCAAGCGCUUGCAGCUGGCCGCACGCCGACGCCGCAGAGGGCGCGGGACCCGGAGGCUUCCGCGCUGGAGCGGCGCCUGGCAUCGGCGCGGCUGCGGGCGGGGGCGCUCCGGCGCAAGGCCUCGGCGCUGAGGCCGCUCUGCACCGAAGCGGCGGCGCAGAGGCACGGAGCAGACUUGGCCAAGUGGAGAGCGGAGGUCGCGAAGCUGCAGAAGGAAGUGGAUGAACUGAAUUCCAGAGGCUUGGUGAGCUCAGUGUCCAAGGAGUCCAAAGCCCCUGACGGCCCUGACGUUACAGAGAUGCAGAAGGAGCCGAAGGACAUCCACAACCUCCACACCAUUCAGAUCUUCUUGAAAACCAGCCUACUGCUGGCCUUCUGUCAUUUCUCAGCUCCGACUUAUGGCCAGGGCUGUGCGCAACUGGUCAUGACACUGCAGCUUCGUCCUGCAGCCGGAAACCACUUAGAAGCCUUCGCGCUGGUUCCGCUGUCCAAGUCCUCACCACUCCCGCUAUCCUGGGUGGCCUCUGACUUGACCUACCCUUGUGAGGGAGGCCUUCGGCGUGAGCUUUCGGUGGAGCUCCAGAUUGGCGAGCAGGGCAAGAUGACAGUGAUGAGUGAGAUGGGCGAGGGAAACAACAUCGAGGCAAUGGACGCCUACGCGCCCAAGGCCUGGCUCCGGGCCCACAUGACUCGAAGUUCUACGCGAAGUGCCCAACUUGGCUCCAGCCAAGCGGAGGAAGUGGAGGAAGUGGGGGAGGAGGAAGCAGAUGCGGUGGUGGAAGAGGAGCUGCGGCUUCCUCUGACCCUUGCACUCUUCCUGCAGCCUCUCACAACCAAGCGCGCGGAGGCCGGAAAAUGCUCCCAAUACGGCUUGAUUUAUAUGCUGUGUGCUGAUAGUGCGGAUUCGGAGCGCGAGCCGUAUCAGAAGUACGCGCAGGCACUUUGGCGAGAAGCGAACGCUUGCUUCGUCUCCGCGGAGCCCCUCGCAAUCAGCUUGCUUUACAUCUUAGUGGAGCUUGAGACCGCCGUCUCCUGCGGCAUCUUCAAUCCUCUCCCCGGCGUGCAGUCCCGGAAUGGCUCCACGGUUCUGGGAGCUGUCCUCCCCUGCUGCCCUCGAGGUCAUUGCUUCCUGGCUGUGAAUUUCGGAGCGGACGUUCCUGCUGCACUGACUGCUUACGCGGCGAACGAAGUCUUGGCCAAGCUGGCUCUCCAUGCGGCGGUCUCUGCAGCGGCAGUGGCGGAAAGCGGAAAAAGCCUUCAAGUCGUGCCUACGCCCGGAUGCAACAUCAACAGCGAAGCCGCCGAUGACCUUUGUGAGCUGGGAGUUCACAUGCUGCAUGAUGCCAGGAAAUACUUGGAACUUCAGGAGUUCUCCUGCGAGGCACUGCAAGACUUGCGCGACGAGUUGGUGCAAGAACUGCAGCAGCUGCGCCGUGACUCGAAGAAGGAUUUGCGUGAACUGUUCGAGAGCUCACUGCGCAAGGGGCCGUGCAAGCAGGACGAAGAUCAGCAAAAUGGCGAUGUGGCUGUCACGCCACAAACUGCCAGCGUCACGCCACGGAAACGCCGCAGGGUGCAGCAGGAGUGGUGCCAGACCCUGGAUGCACAGAUGGAAGUGGCGAUGGCUCCAGCAAGCCUGACGGAGAGGCAACACCGACGCCGACGGCAGGCAAAGGUGCAUCCAUACCGCCUGGAUGUAGCUGGUGAGGAGGAUGAGACGCCGAAGGAUUCUGCGGCGCAAGAGAAGGGCGAUCGCUGGCUCCUCCCCGAUUUCCAGAUAGGCGAGCUCCUCGGCUCUGGGGCAUACGGCACAGUCUGCAAGGCCAUGGACACCCGCAAAAAGCGGCCGGUGCCAGUGGCUAUCAAGAAGAUGGCCGACGUGUUCACUUGGAACCCUGCCGACGCCAAGCGAGCCCUGCGUGAGGUUGCCAUCUUGAGCAAGCUGAAGCACGAGAACAUCGUGAAACUCUGCAAUGCGGUCGCUCCCUGCAGCACAAGUGCCUUCGAGGACAUUUAUAUUGUCAUGGAGGCUUGCGACUCUGAUCUGGACAAGCUCUUCUGCUCGGGUGCAAAUUUAAAGCUGCGCCAGAUGAAGAAGCUUGCGUACACGUUGCUUUGUGGGGUGAAGUACCUUCACUCGGCGGCUACAAGGGACCUCACUGACCAUGUGGUUACGAGGUUCUGGCGAGCCCCUGAGCUGGUUUUGUUGCAGAAGAACUACACCGAGGCCAUUGACAUGUGGUCGGCCGGUUGCAUCUUUGCCGAGAUCCUGGGCAUGCGGAAGGGCGUGCAAAUCUGCGAGCGGGGGCCGUUGUUCCACGGAGCUGUGUGCGCGCCGCUUUCCCCGGACCAACGCGAGUGUUGGCCAUCCGUCGUGCCGGAGCAGCAUGACCAGCUCAACAUGAUAUUCGAUAUCCUGGGAACACCGGAACCAGAAGAGGUUGAGCAACUGGAUGGGGAUGCCAGGUCGUACGUUGAAAGCUUCGCAGAGCGCGAAGGAAAGGGCUUGGAGUUCCCCGGAGUCGACACGGAAGCCAUGAAGCUGCUGCGGAGGCUGCUGCGGUUCGUUCCGCAAGAGCGCAUCUGCGCGGCUGACGCAGUUCAAUGCAAGUGGUUCGACUGUGUCCGCAAACGAUCCAUGGAAAGGCCUUCGCCAGAAAACAUCAGUCUGGAUUUCGAGAGCGAGCCAGAGAUGGACGGAUCUCGACUUCGAGAGAUCUUCUUGAAGGAGAUGAAGAAAAUUCAAUCCGGAAAAGCCGGACGCUUGACUUUGUCGCGUUGA